AUGAAGAGUGUCGCUAUUAUCUCCGGUCUAUUGGCCAGCACCGUCUCUGCUCACAUGCAAUUGAGCACCCCUUACCCUAUCCGCAGUCCUCUGAACAAGGAUGCCAAGGGACAGAAGGACUACUCUUACACCAACCCUUUGUCAAGCUCUGGCAGUGAUUACCCAUGCAAAGGAUAUGCCAAGGAUGACUUUGAGGCUGUCGCAACCUGGGAGCCCGGCUCCACCCAACACAUGGAGUUGGAGGGAAGCGCCACCCACGAUGGUGGCUCAUGCCAACUCGCCCUGACCUAUGAUCAGGGUGAGACCUUCAAGGUCAUUGAAUCCAUCGAGGGUGACUGUCCCAUUGACAAGAAGUACGACUUUGAAAUUCCCUCCGAUGCUCCCGCUGGUGACGCACUGUUCGCGUGGACCUGGUUCAACAAGAUCGGAAACCGUGAGAUGUACAUGAACUGUGCCAUGAUCACCAUCGGUGGCUCCAGUGACCGAGCCGCCAACGACACCGAGACUGAGAAGCGUGACGAGAUGAACGCCCCCAAACACAUUGCCGAGCAAAAGCCCAGCAACAAGGAACACACCACCGCCGCUAAGAGCAGCUUUGACAGUCUCCCCGAUCUUUUCGUUGCCAAUGUGGAGCAAGAAGGCAAGUGUGUCACCACUGAGGGUGAAGCCGUCCACUUCCCCAAGCCCGGUCCCAAGCUCAUUGGAAAGGCCAAGGGUCCCGGCUACAAGUGUUCUGAAAAAGCCCCCUUCCUUUCUGAGGAAUCCAACUCCACCAAGGACUCUUCCAAGGACGAGUCCACCAAGAACGAGUCUCCCAAGAAGGAAUCCACCAAGUCUACCGACACGGUGGCCAAGGUUGCGCAGGCAUUCGGCACUGCUUCCCCCUCUGCCGACAGUCGCACCCACAGCACUGAGGCUUCUACCAACAACCAUUUCGGCCACUACGUCGCCCACUUCAAAUGUCACGAUGGUGAGCUGAUCUGCUCUCCUGAUGGAUUCACCUUUGCUCUCUGUGAUCACGGCCGUCCAGUCUUCAUGGGCUCUGUCGCUGCUGGCACCAUCUGCCACGGAGGUGCCAUCUUUGCUGCUCACUAA